AUGAUUCCCUCUAAAAUUAUCAAAAGAUAAGAAUCACUUACUUCUAAUCCAAUCCAAGAUUCUCCUUCACUCUAAAAGGUACAAAGUAAUCUUAUGUUGGUAUCCAAAGCAAGUAGUUUACCAAAAUAGUUUUAGAAGAAUGAAAAAUUAAAAACUACAGGAACUAAAAUAGAAUCUAUUAAACAUUCUAAAAAUAACUCUAUGAAUCAUUUAUCUACAUAUGAAAAUACUAAAACUAUAGAUUCUAUUCAAAAUGUCUCAUCUCUAUAUAUUAACAAUAAAACUGAAGAAAUCUAACUUAGAAAUGAAAUACAAUUAAAGGCUUAAAUCAUUGUAGAUUUGAAUAAAAAUAUUUCUUAAUUAUAAUCCUAAAAUAUAAACUAUUAAAUGAUGAUUUCAUAAUUGGAAAAAGACGUUUAAUAAUUAAAUUAAACAAUUGAAAAAAUGUGUGAAUAAUUAUCAAGUUCUAAUAAUGAUUUUGAUCUUGAAAUAAAAAGUUUAUAAGAUUAAAUUACAAAAAAAGAUAAAUUAAUUUCAUUUUACAAAGCUGAAAAUUAAUAAUUAUUAUGCAUUAUUAAAUAAGGAUCCUAUUCUAAAAAAAAAGAAGGCAAAGAAAAUCAUCCUAUUAGUGCAUAACCAAAUUAAUAAGAUUAAAUAAAUUAUUUAAAAGAUUAAAUAGAUCUACAAAGAAAAUAAUUUAUAUAAACUGAAGACUCUUUAUAAAAACAAAUAUCAGGUUUGAAUUAAUUUGUGAAUGAAUUUUUUCAAUAAUAAUCAUCUGAUAGAUUAAAUUAUAAUAUAAGCAAUAGAAUUGAUAAAGAUCCUAGAAAUAGAAAACUUUCAUUAUAAAAUGAUAUGGAUUAAUUCUAAUCUUAAUUAAAGCAUAUUGAUCAAUAAAAACAACAAUUAGAUAGUUAAUUUGAUAGUGUUUAAUGCAAUCUUGAUUAAUUGAAUGAAAGAUAAUUAAAUUGUCUUCUUACUGAUAAUCUAAAUGUUCAAAAUAUUAAAGAAAUCAAUAAAUUAAAAUAAGUUGUUCAAAUUUAAAAAAAAUAAAUUGAAUUAUAACAAAAGACAAUAUUAAAUCAACACUUUGAAAUAUAAAAUUUAUAAACAUUACUUUAUAAAAAUGAUUAAGAUAGUAUUACUAAAAUAAGUGAUAAUAAAGCACUUUAAGUAGGAAUUAUUACAAAUGAUUUUACAAAUUCUCCAAGAGAUGAAAUGUAAAAGUUUGUUCUAAAUAUUUUAGUUAUCAUUUAAAUGAGAGUCAAAGUGAAAUAAAGCCUAAAUAUUAUAUGGAUAGUAUAUAAAAUACAUUUUAAAAGUUUUAAGUGAUAACUGAAGAAAGCACUUUUAGAAAUUGA